CGGUGCGGGCGGUAAAAAGUGGUCGAAAAGUGUUGGCCUGGCCCCUGGUGUGUGGUUUGCUGCUGCUGCUGCUGCUGCUGUGUGGCGCUGAAACGCCGCUCUCUGCCUGCGUCGAAAUUGGGAACACCGUGAUUCGCUGGUGUUGGUAGUUUCGGUGCCACAUACGCCCUUCGCGCUGGUGACCGAAACGGUGGAAUGUGGUUCUUUUUUCGCCAAAUCGCCCAUUUCCGGCCACUGCUCUGCCGGACAGGGGCGAAAAUUUGGCACGAAAAGUUGCAUUUGCGAGCCGCCUACCCCGAUGCGACGACGUGUGCCCUGUGUGCUUGUGUGCGUGCGUGCGUGCGCGCGCGCCCGCGUACGUGUUUGUGUAUGUGUGUGUGUGUGUGUGAGAGAGAGUGUGUGGCAGCGUAGAGUUUGAAUGUGAAACGAUAUGCUUGUGUGAAUGUGUGCGUGUGUGUAUGCGCACGCAAGAGGAUCAAGUGUGUCCCAUGCUAAAUAUGCUGCUUCUCUUCCCUUAUUUUCCCGAUCUGCUGAGAAUGAUGAACUGCCAGAAUUUGUACGGAAAUGGAACCGCCGCCUUUUUUGGAAGGGCAUAAGCAUCGUGUGCGGUGGGAGUGUUGUUGCGAGGACCGGAGGAAGGCGAAGCAUAUAGUCUCACAUUGAAGGCGUUGUUACGUGUGGCGCCGCGUUCGGACGGGUCCGCAGAUUUGGUGGAUGCCACCAAAAUGAAAUGGAAGAUUGAAAUUGCAGCAUGGGAUGGGGUUGACGGAAAAGCAGAAGGAAAAUCCCUAUCCACAGAGGACGCAGAGGCGGUCAUCGCGCAAUGAUCGCGCGGAGAUCAGAAAACAUUCAAUCGGUUUACAAGUGCAUGAAGAACGGUGUCUGUGUCGUGUUGAACAGUUUAUUGGUCUGUAGUGCUGAGGCGGUUGUUUGGUGGAGCGAGAAGUAGCGCGAGAGGACAGUGUUUUCCGGUUCCGGUGGACGGUGAAGUUGGCGCAGAACGCAAACGGGAAGGCAUCUUGUGUUCGGAAGUGUUGUGUUUUGGGAGUAAAAUUGAAACGUAUAGCGUAUAACGAGGGGGGGUACAUACACCCAAGCAUAUAAGAGCUGCGCUCUGGACGCCGGCUUGAACGGCCCUUCGUAACACAAAUUUCGAUUGUAAAGGUGUGCUGUGGUUCGGUAGUGUCGGAGUCGCAAGGAGCACUGCUCUGUUCGUUAUUCGGAGUCCCUGUACACGUGGCGAUACGCUGUGUUUUUACUAGAUAUUUUGCAACGAAACGAGCUGGAAACGAGAUCCACAAAACGUACAGACAAACAAACAGGCAUAGGAACACACUACAAGUGGUUUGAGCGAUGAGUGCCCCUGAAGACAGCACUGCGACCGCCCAGCCUGCCCCAGACCAUCAUCAUCAUCAUCUUCAUCAUCAUCACCAUCACCAGCAAAAUGUUGUGCCAGCAGCGGCCACCGCUUCCGUCUUGUCUGCAUCAUCGGCGACAGUAGUGGCAGGAGCCACGGCAGUCCCAACACCGACAAACACUGGCCCGCCCACAGCAGCAACGGCCACGCUGAGUGUACCAGCAGCACCGGCGGCGGAUAUUGUUACCGGAAGCGGUGUCAGUGCGUCCACAACGCUUCCCGCCAUCAAAGCAGGAGGCAAUAGCAGUCACGCCACCAUUCUUACUACCACUAGCCACAGCAAAGAGGUUGUCGGUGGUACGGCAACCAAUCCCGCUGCACAGGAUGGAAGCAAUGCUGCUCCCGGGGUCGCCGGUCCCAGCGAUGCUACCGAUGCGACGAGCAGCUGCGAUUCGGAUAAGGCACCGGCGGCAGCAGCAGCAGCCGCUGUCACCUCCAGUCCACCGGGGGCCGAUGAGGGAGUGGCUGCUGCCACGUCGGAUAGCUUCGCCUCGGUAGAGGUCGGUUCGACCGGUGGCACAUCCACGCCACUGGCGGCAGCAUCGCCCGCCUCCCUGACUGGUGGCGAUAUUGGUGGGCCGAAGCCGUUACCUCUGUCGGGAUGUGGUUCCUUGAUGGUCGCCGGCAGCAGCAGCAGCAGCAUCGUCGUGCCGAACGGUGAAGGUGGUGACAGUAAUCCCAACGUACCUGUAUUGUCAGGUACCGCUACUACGAUACCGCUUCGUGGGCGUGAUGUGACCGACAAACACGCCGUGGAUUAUCACUACCGAAUGCUAGAAGAGGAGCUGCAGGCGGUGAAGGAGUCCGAGGCAAAGAUUAAACAACAGUAUAGCGAGUCUCAGCGCCGGGAACGCAUCCUUGCACGGCGCGUCGCGGUACAGGAGCAGGAAAUGCGCGACUUUUCGAAACAAAUAGCGGAACUGAAAUCGGCCCAGGCACCCGGUCCGGCUGCACUGCGAUCGGCCCUGCUCGAUCCCGCGGUCAAUAUACUCUUUCAGAAGCUUAAAGCGGAACUGCAGGCGACCAAGGCGAAGCUGGAGGAAACACAGAACGAACUGUCGGCGUGGAAGUUUACGCCGGACUCGAACACCGGCAAGCGACUGAUGGCCAAAUGCCGAUUGCUCUACCAGGAAAACGAAGAGCUGGGCAAAAUGACAUCGAACGGCCGGCUGGCAAAGCUGGAGAGUGAGCUUGCGCUGCAGAAGAGCUACAACGAGGAGGUGAAAAAAUCACAGCUAGAGCUGGAUGAUUUUCUGCAAGAGCUGGACGAAGAUGUGGAGGGCAUGCAGGGUACGAUCGUGUUCCUUCAGCAGGAACUAAAGCAGACGAAGGACGCGCGGAACGAAAUAGAAAAGGAGGUGAUCCAGCUACGCGCCUACAUCGCGGCUAAUUUGGGCCCCUUCUCCGGCAGCGGCAACAACCCGACCAGCGGCAGUACGCCCACCGACGAGCGCAGCUCUUCGAUGAUGAUGAUGAUGGAUGUGCAGGACAGCAAUAGCAACAGUAACAGCCACGGACACGACGCCUACCACCAUCCGGACGGUGGCGGUCCGGACAGCAUCGGCGGUCGAGGCGUCAGGCUGGGUGAACUGGGCGGUGGUGUUACCCCGAUCUAUCUAGUGAACGGUGGCGGUGGUGGUGGUGGUGGUGGUGCUGGAGGUGCAAGUAGUAGUAGCGGCGGCACCGUGAUUGACGCCGCAAGCAGACUGGUGAAUAAAAGUUCAAGUAGUGGUGAUGAUCAAGAUAUGAUGGUGUACAGCAAUCGGACGCACUGUGGUGGCGUAGUUACGAAUAGCAAUGAGUUACGAACUACACCGACAACCGGUGCCGCUGGCGCAUUGCCGGCAGCAGCAACGGUGGCGACCGCAGCAGCAGUAUCGUCCUUGUCUGCCCUGCUGCCAGGAUCGGUGCCUGAUCCCGGCAUCGGCGGUGGUGGCGGCAGCAGUAGCGCCAGCGCCAACAGUAACACUGCGACAGUGAACGGUGGUGCGGCAGGCAGCGGUGGUGAACCGUUAGUUAAUGAACUGCAUGAUUCACUGGUGCCCAGUGAGGGCAACAGAACAAGUGGCGGUAAUACCGAUAGCAAUAGUGGUGGAAACGUGGCCGACACCGGUAACAGUGUGAAUAGUACGAACAGCAGCAGCAGUCUCGCCGUUGCGAAGCAACCACACCAGCCGCAGCAGCAGCCACAGCAGCCACAGCAACAGCGAACUAACAACAAUGUGGGUCGAAACGGUGGACGAACAACAGUGGCCGCUAGAAAGCGCAAUUACAAUGAAACCGAGGUUGAUUCGGCCGAGCAAACCGACGGUGGUAGUGGCGGCGGUGUGGUCAGUAGUAGUGACGCUUACCGAAGCGAAAGUGGUGUUGACGGUGUGCUAGUGAUGGACGUUGGUGUGGCGGAAAGUAGUGCUACUAGUGGUGUCGCGAACGGGAAGCUGGCAAUCGCCGACGGUUCGCUCUUGCCGGAACAGCACCAGGACGUCGAAUCGUCGAACAGCAACAAGCGCAUGACACGAUCGGGUAAGGGUAAGACGGCUGCAGCCACCGCAUCCGCCACCACCACCAUCUCCUCCUCCUCCACCUCCUCCUCAUCCUCAUCAUCAUCAUCAUCGGCUGCGUCGAACGUGUUAAUGACGAGUGCGGCGAAAAAGCUUCGAAGAGGCUCGAUCGCUCCGGACGACGAGGUUGACCCCUUGGCCGAUCCACAGCCAUCACCACAGCAACAGUCGCAGCAACCGAUUUCGUCGGCAAACGGUUCGAAUUAGGCUCGAGUUCGUUUGGUUCGCGGUGUUACACACGUCGGGUUGUUCACACGUUGGGUAAGGACGCCUGCGAGCAUGUUUUCGGAAAUAGUACCAUUUCUCUUUAAGCAGCCGUAGGACGCGAAGGGGACGGGAGCAAGCUUAUGUACAUGACUGGUGUGUCUGACGAGGGAAAACUGCGAUCUCUACUCCUGUGGACAGAUUGCACCGAGGGAAGUCAAGGCAAGGCUCAACAGGCAACUUAUAUCAGCUGUUUUCAAAUGGUGUCAAGCAAAACGAACUCGUGUGUUGUUCGCGCUACUCAUUACAUUAUUGCAAAGGCUCGAGGAGCGCGUGCUGCGCAGAAAGGAAUUAUGCGAUCAAUUAUCGCUCCUAGACAGGUAGGAUGCGCGUGGUUCGACAGCGGACAGCGGGGAAUGUAGCAAGUAAAAGUACAUUUAAAAAACAAACAAAAACACAAACAGACAAAGUCGGGACGGAGAAACAGAUUAUGGGAAAGAGCUCGAGAAACAGAGCGAGAGAGUGAGAAGAGAAGAGAGAGAAAGAGAGAACGUUGAGCUAAACAAACAACCAAUAUUGUGUAGGGUCACAGUAAAACAUACAAAAACACGAGAAAACAAGACAAAAAUGCUGCUAAAUAAAGAAAGUAAUUAAGUAAGCUAAACUGUAAUUAAUUGACUCUCUCUCACACACAUCCUUUUUUGUUUGUUUGUAUGUGUGAAUUUGUUAUGAUCGUUUUGGCGAUCCGUAUCAAAUCGAAAGCUGAUCGCGAUUGAUCGCGCACACUACGGAAUAUUGAACGUUCCUUGCGCGCUUUCGACUUUAAAUUUGUGAUUUUCUGUAGGAACAAAAAGGGUACAGGCAAUGGUUGAGAAAGGAUCAGAGUUGAAACGAUGCUACUCUUAGGCCAGAGAUGAUGAUCUGAUGUUACGUGUACUUUACGUCUUCGGAUCUGACACGAAGUUUGUUUGGUUUUUUGUGUCUUGUGCCCUAUAGUUUUGCCUACUUGAAUGAAAUGGAACAAAGAGAUUGAGCAAUUGUAAAUUCAUUUUUCGUUAACCGCCAAAAGAGCAUACUACAAAGCAGGAUAUCGUAUGAUUGCUGUUCCGUCCGGCCAUGCACAGUGUGAAUUAAGUAGUAGAUCUCGUCGUAUACUAUUUUUUGCAUCGAUUGAGUUAGUUUUGGCACGGUUUUUUUAAAACAAAAGUGAGAAUGUUUCUCGCCAAUGGCCAAUGGUUGGCUUUGUAGUACGCGUGGCUUGCCAUUGUUCCUAAUGUGCACCCGCGAAUGAAGAGAAAGAAAGAGAUGGAGAGAACAAAAUCAUAGAGAUUAAAGACUCACACUUUAAGGGUUUUAGUUGGGUAGAAGCAAACGUUUUCUAUUUAAUUUUAGCUUGAUUUAGUUUAAUGCAAAUUUUCUUAACACAGCUAGCCAGCCAGCCGUGACGCAACAAGAAUAGGCGACAUGAGCGCGUAAUUCUAGAUAUUUUGAGCUGCCCUUUUUUGUGUGUAGUGUAAUGUGCUUAUUGGAUUGAUUGUACAGGUGAAAGGCAGGACCCUCCACGUGUGGUGGAGGUGUAUGUACAGGAGGAAAAGAAAAACAAUCGGCAUACAAAUUGUGCAGGCCGGCAUUCAUCUACCUGGGGCAGAGAUUGAGUUAACGAUCUGCGGGCUUUCGAUUGUCGGGAUCGUAAAUUCUUACCAUAAGGCAAUAAAUAUCAUAACAGAGAGGAGCACACACACACACACACACACACACACACACACACACACACACACACACACACACACACACACACACACACACACACACACAGUAGAGUUUGAGUAUCAGAGGGCACGUCACGGCCACUGGGACGAGCGAUCGUGCCGAGGACAAUACUUAAUUUCAGCAAUA